AUGGUCGGACUCGGUCCCAAGCGUCCACCCUCCCGCAAGGGAUCCAUGGCCGAUGUGCCCCAGAAUCUCCUGCAGCAGAUCAAAGAGUUCGAGGAAAUGUUUACCGUGGACCGUGCUACUCUCAAGAAGGUUGUCGACCACUUCGUCAAGGAGCUGGAAAAGGGUCUCAGCGUUGAGGGUGGUAACAUCCCUAUGAACGUUACCUGGGUCAUGGGAUUUCCUGAUGGUGAUGAGCAGGGAACUUUCCUCGCCCUGGAUAUGGGUGGUACCAACUUGCGUGUUUGUGAAAUCACCUUGACCAAAGAGAAGGGUGGCUUCGACAUCACCCAGUCCAAGUACCGUAUGCCCGAGGAGCUCAGAACUGGCACUGCCGAGGAGCUCUGGGAGUACAUUGCCGACUGCUUGCAGCAAUUCAUCGAAUCCCAUCACGAGGGCGAGCAGCUCUCCAAGCUUCCCUUGGGUUUCACCUUCUCUUACCCCGCCACUCAGGAUUACAUCGACCAUGGUGUCCUGCAGCGCUGGACCAAGGGUUUCGACAUCGAUGGAGUGGAGGGUCACGACGUUGUUCCUCCUUUGGAGAAGAUUCUCAAGGAGAAGGGUCUGCCCAUCAAGGUGGCCGCCUUGAUCAACGAUACUACUGGAACCCUCAUUGCCUCCGCCUACACCGAUCCCGCUAUGAAAAUUGGCUGUAUUUUCGGUACGGGUGUCAACGCCGCCUACAUGGAAAACGCGGGCUCUAUUCCCAAGUUGGGUCACAUGAACCUGCCUGUCGAUAUGCCCGUGGCCAUCAACUGCGAAUAUGGCGCAUUCGACAAUGAGCAUAUUGUGCUCCCCCUCACCAAGUACGACCACAUCAUCGACCGGGACUCUCCUCGUCCGGGCCAGCAAGCUUUCGAGAAGAUGACCGCCGGUCUCUACCUGGGUGAGAUCUUCCGUCUCGCUUUGGUGGAUCUACUGGAGACUCAUCCUGGCCUCAUCUUCAACGGCCAAAACACUUCGGAGCUGCGCAAGCCCUACCUUUUGGACUCGUCCUUCUUGGCUGCCAUUGAGGAGGAUCCGUACGAAAACCUCCAAGAGACGGAGGAGCUCCUGGAGCGCAAGCUUAAGAUUAAGGCGACCCAGCCCGAGCUGGAGAUGAUUCGUCGCCUAGCAGAGCUUAUUGGUACCCGCGCCGCUCGUCUUUCGGCCUGCGGUGUUGCCGCCAUCUGCAAGAAGAAGAACAUCGAGUCGUGCCACGUGGGUGCCGAUGGUUCCGUGUUCACGAAGUAUCCCCACUUCAAAGCCCGUGGUGCUCAGGCACUGCGGGAGAUCCUCGACUGGGCUCCCGAGGAGCAGGACAAGGUCUCCAUUCAGGCUGCCGAGGAUGGUUCCGGUGUCGGUGCCGCCCUCAUCGCUGCCUUAACUCUGAAGCGCGUCAAGGCGGGUAAUCUCGUGGGUAUUCGCGACGCAAACGACAUGAAGACCCUUCUCUAA